AUGGACCGCCGCCUCCGCUCCCCGGCGCGCCGCCCCGCGGCCGAGCGCCAGCAGCAGCAGCUCCCGGGCAGCGGCGGCGGCAGCCCGCACCGCUUCCUCCGCCCGGGCGCGCUCGCGCGGCUCCGCGACUCCAGGGUCCUGGCGCGCUCCCUCCGCUGCGCCGCGCGGGCGCGGCCCCCGCUCCCGCCGCCCUCCUCGCCUCCCCGCUCGCCCGCGCCCGCGCCCGCCGCCGCCGCCUGGGACGGCGUGCCGUGCUUCCUCGGGCCGGCCGCGAGGGGGAUGCGCUACCCGCUGCGGAAGAAGCUCGCGGCCGCCCGCGCCGUGGUGUUCCUGCCCCCGCCGGAGGUCGUGGACGCGUUCGCGCCGGCGGCGGCGGCGUCACCGGACGUGGUCGCCGCGCACUGA